CUACCAUGAUCAGCUGGCCUACGGACCAAAGUCACUGAGAAGACCACUGAUGUGAAAUGGCAACUCAACAACGACGUCAGGCUCGACGUCAUUAAAUGCGACAUAUAAGAAGAAUAUGGACAAAGACUGCACUUGCAUCAGUGACUGCGGCGCAUGUGCCCCCUCGGGCACUGGCUGUACUUGCCCCAAGAAUAGUUGCGACUGCGACAAGUGCGACAACUGUGACAACAAGCCAGAAUCUUCGCAAGUAUGUCGUUGAUUGCACUUCUAAUUCACCCUGGUCCUCAUACCAUCAGUGCGACUGUGGCCCCUCAGGCACUGGUUGUACUUGCCCCAAGAAUAAUUGCAAGUGUGACAACUGCGACAGCUGUGUCAACAAGCAACACUCUCAAUGCGACUGUGGUCCCUCGGGUAUUGACUGUACUUGCCCCAAGAAUAAUUGCAACUGCGACAACUGCGACAGCUGUGUCAACAAGCAACACUCUUCGCAAUGCGACUGCAAAGGUGCAGGUGUCAGUUGCGGCUGUACCAAUCAGCAGCGGGCAUGCAACUGUGUAACGAAGUAGUCGUCUACAUGAUCACAGAUUCAUCAGAAGAUCCCGCCGAGUAUUCAGCCCCUUUUAUUUGUGACGACCUCUGUAUCGGUACCGCAUGAUGUUGUAUUACUAUAGCAACCAAUAGUUCUUUAGGUCAUCCUCUUCGUGACAUUGUCUCCUCUUGAACCCGAAAAUACAAGAAACCUCAAAACACGUGACCCUUACGAGCGCGUACCUGCUAUUUUCGGAUGAAGGUAACAUCUUCUCUUGGUGAGCGUUUUUGUAUAAGAAGCAACUGACCCAGUCGUGAUUUUACCAUUCCCUCCCUCGUAUCUCUCGGCUUAUUGAUUAGGUCUCCGUCUCGUUCACUCAUUAAGUCUCAUUUCUCGCUGCUCUUCAAACACAACCCAUCGCAUAUACCUCAAUCCAUCUUAUACCCA